AUGCAGACCCCUAAAGAUCACCCUAGCACUGCCCCCACUUUGGCAGAGAGUGUCUCCAGGCAUCCAAUAACCACGGAGCCUGGACCCCAAUCCAGCCAAGGGGAUGAUUUAACCCCUAUGGAACAACUAAACUCGGAGGAACUCCAUUCCCUUUUAGACGCUACUAUGACCAGAUCGGUCACCCGGGCUAUUUACUCCGCUAUUGGGACAAUGUCUGACACUCUUUACCACUCCAUUACUAACGCCAUCAUGGCGUCUAACCGUAAGCCUGACGUGCCCCAACCUAAGGCCCCUGAAAAUAAGCCUAUAGCGCAGGGCGGCCGUAAAGCCACCGCAAAGACCCACCACUUGGGUGCGCAUGCCUCCAAAACUGAUUUUACGGACAG